GACGAGCUCUUUUAGCCACGGAUGAAGGCAAAAGCAUCUUCCCUGGAGUCUAAUGACCUGUGCUUGCAGCUUCUGGCUUAUUUUCUCCUGUGCAAGAGAAGAGUCAAAAUGAACAAAUACUUCUUGUUGCUCUUCUCCCUAUUCUUCCUCAUUUUGGCAACAACAUCACUGAGAUGUGCAACAUGUCAUCUUCACCUUGCGAGAGACCGCUGUAGACGAGGCUUUGGCAUGUGUGUUGCUCAGAAGAACGAGAAGUGCAUGCAUCUCAAGGUCAUCAUUAAUUCUACUCACGUGUUAUCAUAUAUGGACUGUCAGAAGUUCUGCAAAAAUGGGAAGAAAACCACCAAGGACCACACUUAUCAAUACAUUUGUUGUGGCUCCAAUUACUGUAACAGAAAAGGCUAAGGUACUCAUCUCCUCAAGGGAAGGAUCUAGAGAGUGUUAAGGGUCUCAUCACUAGAU